GCAGCUCCAUCUUUGUUGGUCGGAUUUGACAGGAGCUUUGACCUGUGUGGAAGAGGAGGACCGCGACACGGAGUUAAAGAAGUAUGAGCCCACUUCCACUCCCACUCUCAACAACUCGGCUUCCUAAACUGCUUCUCGAAUAGCCAAAGAGUCGUUCCACCCAAGCUGAAGGACUAUUGCAACCUCCCAAAAUGCCACAUUUUUACGCUCGCCCCGGACUGAUGAAAACGCCGGGGAACUGAUGGGAGCCACGGGCUUAAAUUAAAUCCUACUCGCUGAAUGCCACUGUUUGAGACGUGACAGAAACCGCGAGACACAACGAAGUGCGGACAUGGCUGACAGAACUGCUCCCAACUGCCACCUGAGACUGGAGUGGGUGUACGGAUACCGGGGACAUCAGUGUCGCAACAACCUCUAUUACACGGCCGCCAAGGAGAUCGUCUACUUCGUGGCCGGCGUGGGAGUGGUGUACAACACCCGAGAACACAAGCAGAAAUUCUACCUGGGCCACAACGAUGACAUCAUAAGUUUAGCUCUACAUCCUGAGCGUGUCUUGGUGGCCACGGGGCAGGUGGGCAAGGAGCCGUACAUCUGUGUGUGGGACUCCUACACUGUGCAGACAGUGUCCAUCCUCAAAGAUGUGCACAGUCAUGGCGUUGCCUGCCUGGCGUUUGACCUUGAAGGCCAGUGUUUGGUUUCUGUCGGCUUGGACUCUAAAAACACAAUCUGCGUGUGGGACUGGAGAAGAGGGAAGGUUCUGGCAGCCGCACCGGGCCAUACAGACAGGAUAUUUGACAUAUCGUGGGAUUUGUACCAGCCCAGCAAGCUUGUAAGCUGUGGAGUCAAACACAUCAAGUUCUGGAGUUUAUGUGGUAAUGCUCUCACUCCCAAACGUGGAGUUUUUGGCAAGACGGGGGAGCUCCAAACCAUCCUCUGCCUGGCUUGUACCAAGGAUGAGGUCACGUAUUCCGGUGCCUUGAACGGUGACAUCUAUGUGUGGAAAGGGAUCAAUCUGAUGAGAACUGUGCAAGGGGCUCAUGGGUCAGGGAUUUUCAGCAUGAACGCUUGCGAAGAGGGUUUUGCCACCGGGGGAAGAGAUGGUUGUGUCCGCCUGUGGGAUCUCAACUUCAAACCAAUUACUGUCAUUGAUCUCAGGGAAACAGACCAAGGAUAUAAAGGGCUGUCUGUGCGUAGUGUUUGCUGGCGUGGAGACCACAUCCUGGUGGGCACCCAAGAUAGUGAGAUCUUCGAGGUGGUGGUCCAUGACCGCAACAAGCCUUUCCUUAUCAUGCAGGGUCACUGUGAGGGCGAGCUGUGGGCGCUGGCCGUGCACCCCACCAAGCCUCUCGCUGUGACAGGCAGUGAUGACCGCUCAGUCAGGAUAUGGAGCCUUAUUGAUCAUGCACUGAUAGCUCGCUGUAACAUGGAGGAACCGAUCCGCUGUGCAGCUGUCAGCACUGAUGGUAUUCAUUUGGCCCUGGGAAUGAAGGAUGGGUCAUUUACCAUUCUCAGAGUCAGAGAUAUGACCGAAGUGGUCCACAUCAAGGACAGGAAGGAGGCUAUCCAUGAGCUGAAGUAUUCCCCCGAUGGGGCCCAUUUGGCUGUCGGCUCCAAUGACAACUCAGUGGACAUUUAUGGUGUUGUGCAGAGGUACAAGAAAGUUGGAGAGUGCAUUGGCUCCAACAGCUUCAUCACACACAUGGACUGGUCGACAGACAGCAAGUUCCUGCAAUCGAACGAUGGCAGCGGCAGGAGACUCUUCUAUCGGAUGCCAAGUGGUAAGGAGGUGACCAACAGAGAGGAGCUGAAGCUGGUGCAGUGGGCUUCAUGGACAUGUGUGCUAGGCCCUGAGGUUAAUGGAAUAUGGCCCAAAUAUUCUGCUAUCAAUGAUAUUAACUCUGUGGAUGCGAACUUCAACAAUCAAGUCUUGGUAACAGCAGAUGACUACGGAUUAGUCAAACUUCUACGAUAUCCAUGUAUAAAAAAAGGUGCGAAAUUUAAAAAAUAUUUAGGUCACUCAGCCCAUAUUACCAAUGUAAGAUGGUCACAUGACUACCAGUGGGUUAUAACCAUUGGUGGCGCGGAUCAUUCUGUGUUCCAAUGGAAGUUUGUUCCAGAGAGAAAAUCAAAAGAAGCUCUGCAUAUUGCACCGCAAGAGACCUUGGCAGACUCCAACAGCGAAGAGUCAGACUCUGAUCAGUCAGAUGUGCCUGAGAUGGACUCGGAAAUCGAGCAGGAGACACAGCUGACAUAUAGAAGACAGGUUUAUAAAGAAGAUCUACCUCAGCUCAAAGAGCAGUUCAAAGAGAAAGAUCGAGGAAUCGCAAUGAAGAAGAGAGAGCGAGCCCCUGGGAGUGGGUUGAAGCUGCACUUUAUUCAUGGCUACCGGGGCUAUGAUUGCAGAAGUAAUCUUUUCUAUACUCAGACCGGUGAAAUUGUCUACCAUGUGGCUGCUGUUGGAAUCGUGUACAACAGACAGCAGAACACCCAACGUUUCUACAUGGGCCACGAUGAUGACAUACUCUGUCUGGCCAUUCACCCCCUCAAGGACUUUGUAGCAACAGGCCAGGUUGGCCGAGAUUCCUCCGUCCACAUAUGGGACACAGAAACAUUAAAACCAAUGUCUGUGUUGAAGGGUUUCCACCACCUUGGAGUGUGCACUUUGGACUUUUCAGCGGAUGGCAAGCGCCUGGCUUCAGUGGGCUUGGAUGACAAUCACACAAUUGUGCUUUGGGACUGGAGAAAGGGAGAAAAGCUUUCAGCCAUGUGUGGAAGCAAAGACAAGAUCUUUGUAGUGAAAAUAAAUCCUUACCUACCUGACAAGCUCAUCACCGCCGGUGUAAAACAUAUGAAGUUUUGGCAUAAAGCUGGUGGUGGGCUAAUUGGGCGCAAGGGGAGCAUGGGCAAGACUGAGACAAUGAUGUGUGCCGUCUACGGUUGGUCGGAAGAGAUGGUCUUCUCAGGCACGUGCACUGGUGACAUUUGCAUCUGGAGGGACAUGUUCUUGAUGAAGACUGUCAAAGCCCAUGACGGCCCCGUUUUCAGCAUGCAUGUUCUCGAAAAGGGGUUUGUGACUGGAGGGAAGGAUGGUAUAGUCGCGCUCUGGGAUGACACAUUCGAAAGAUGCCUCAAGACCUACGCCAUCAAGAGGGCAGUCCUAGCUCCAGGCUCCAAGGGCUUGCUUUUGGAAGACAACCCAUCCAUACGUGCCAUAUCUCUAGGCCAUGGCCACAUUCUUGUGGGAACGAAGAAUGGAGAGAUUUUGGAGGUGGACAAAAGUGGCCCCAUUAUGCUACUUGUCCAGGGUCACAUGGAAGGUGAAGUUUGGGGCCUUGCCACCCAUCCACACCUCCCUCUGUGUGCCACUGUCAGUAAUGACAGAACCUUACGCAUAUGGGACCUCUCCCCCAGUCACUGCAUGUUGGCAGUGCGCAAGCUCAGGAAAGGUGGCCGCUGCUGCUGCUUCUCCCCUGAUGGCAAAGCCUUGGCAGUCGGUCUAAACGAUGGCAGCUUUCUCAUUGUGAAUGCCGACACCUUGGAGGACCUUGUGUCCUUCCACCACCGCAAGGACAUCAUCACAGAUAUCAAAUUCUCCCCAGGUUCUGGCAAGUACCUUGCAGUGGCAUCAGGAGACACAUUUGUGGAUAUUUACAAUGUAAUGAGCAGCAAAUGGGUUGGAGUGUGCAAAGGAUGCCUCAACUCUAUCACACACUUGGAUUGGGACAGGCGAGGGAAACUACUCCAAGUUAAUACCAGUGCCAAAGAGCAGUUUUUCUUCGAGGCGCCUCGUGGCAAGAGGCAGACCAUCCCUGCCACAGAGGUGGAGAAGGUUGACUGGAGUUCGUGGACAUGUGUCCUCGGUACGUCUGUCGAGGGCAUCUGGCCCGUGAUCAGCGAAGUCACAGAGGUGACCGCGGCUUGCCUUAGUAAUGACAAGAAGGUGCUCGCCACAGGAGACGAUCUAGGCUACAUCAAGCUCUUCAGAUACCCUGUCAGGGGCAAGUAUGCAAAGUUCAAACGCUAUGUGGCUCACAGCACGCAUGUUACAAAUGUGCGGUGGACCCAUGAAGACAGCCUAUUGGUGACCGCUGGUGGAGGGGACACGUGCCUCAUGAUCUGGGCCCAUGAGCCAGAGAACCACAGGGAGCUCAGACAGUGUGACAGCGAGGAGUCAGACAUUGAGAGCGAGGAUGAUGGAGGUUAUGACAGUGAUGUGACAAAGGAGAAUGAGAUCAACUAUACCAUCAAAGCCUUAUCCACCAACAUGCGCCCCAUGACUGGUGUAAAACCCCACUUGCAAAUGAAAGAGCCUUCAUUGGAUGAGAGACAAGGUGUGGUCAGAGGUUCAAGACCUCCUGUUAGCAGAGCCCUGCCACAGCCUGAGAAGCUGCAGACCAACAACGUUGGCAAAAAGAAGAGACCCAUUGAUGACCUGGUUUUGGAGCUGGUGUUCGGUUACCGUGGCAAUGACUGCCGCAAUAACGUGCAUUACCUGAACGAUGGGGCGGACAUCAUUUACCACACAGCCUCAAUUGGCAUCGUGCUCAACUUGACCACCUCCUGCCAAAGUUUCUACAUUGAACACAGUGAUGACAUUCUGUGCCUGACAAUCAAUCAACAUCCAAAAUUCCCCAAUGUGGUGGCAACUGGCCAAGUAGGUGACACUGGUGACAUGUCAGCCACAUCUCCAUCUAUUCACGUGUGGGACGCGAUGACCAAGCAGACGUUAUCGGUGCUGCGCUGUUCCCACUCGGGUGGUGUGUGCUCUGUCAGCUUCAGUGCCACAGGGAAGCUACUGCUGUCUGUGGGCCUGGACUCGGAACACACCGUCACCAUUUGGAAGUGGCAGGAAGGUGGCAAAGUGGCCAGUCGGAUUGGUCACACGCAGCGGAUCUUUGUGGCCGAGUUCCGUCCAGACUCGGACACUCAUUUUGUCUCUGUGGGGAUCAAGCAUGUCCGCUUCUGGACAUUAGCAGGGCGAGCUUUGCUCAGCAAGAAAGGAGUGCUGAGCUCCAUCGAGGACGCCCGCAUGCAGACCAUGCUCUCUGUCGCUUUUGGAGCGAAUAACUUGACAUUUACAGGUACCAUAAGUGGGGAUGUAUGUGUGUGGAAAGAGCACAUUCUUAUAAGGAUAGUGGCCAAAGCUCACACGGGCCCUGUGUUCACCAUGUACACAACAUUGAGAGAUGGCCUCAUUGUCACUGGAGGCAAGGAAAGGCCGUCAAAGGAAGGCGGAGCUCUCAAACUCUGGGAUCAGGAACUGAAACGCUGUCGAGCAUUUCGAUUGGAAACUGGACAGGUCAUUGACUGUGUUCGUUCGGUUUGCAGAGGAAAGGGUAAAAUCCUGGUUGGAACCAGGAAUGCAGAGAUCAUUGAGGUCGGGGAGAAGAAUGCAGCAUGCAACAUCUUGGUGAACGGUCACAUGGACGGGCCAAUUUGGGGUUUGGGGACACAUCCAACCAGAGAUGUGUUUCUGUCAGCUGCAGAGGAUGGGACUGUUCGACUAUGGGACAUUCCGGAGAAGAAGAUGCUGAAUAAGGUGAGCUUGGGCCACCCGGCAUGCACCAUCAGCUACAGUCCUGAGGGAGACAUGGUGGCCAUUGGCAUGAAGAAUGGCGAGUUCAUCAUCCUCCUAGUCGCCUCUCUCAAAAUCUGGGGCAAGAAAAGGGACCGCCGUUCUUCUAUCCAGGAUAUUAGGUUCAGUCCAAAUUCACGCUACCUGGCUGUCGGCUCUUGUGAAAGCGCCGUGGACUUCUACGACCUGUCGCUCGGGCCGCAGUUAAACCGCAUCAACUGUUGUCGGGACAUCCCCAGCUUUGUCAUGCAGAUGGACUUCUCUGCGGACAGCUUGUACAUCCAGGUGUCCACUGGUGCUUACAAGCGGCUCGUGUACGAGGUGCCGUCGGGGAAGCAGGUCACGGAACAGUCCCACAUUGACAGGAUUACCUGGGCCACCUGGACCAGCGUCCUCGGGGACGAGGUUGUCGGCAUCUGGUCGCGGAACACAGACAAAGCAGACGUCACCUGCGCCUGUGUCUCCCACUCAGGCCUUAAUGUAGUCACAGGCGAUGACUUUGGAAUGGUCAAGCUCUUUGACUUUCCGUGUCCAGACAAGUUUGCAAAACAUAAACGCUUUUUGGGCCAUUCGGCUCACUUGACAAAUAUUCGCAUUACAAAUGGAGACCGCUUUGUAGUGAGUGCUGGUGGAGAUGACAGGAGCCUCUUUGUGUGGAAGUGUGUCCACGCCCCCCACUGAAGGUGACAUUCUGACCAUCUCGCCUGACACCUUCCGGCGUGUCUCUCCAGUCGAGCACAAGGAAUGCAUUUAAAAGAUCAGGAGGGGGCCUGGCAGGUUCAACGUGAGGAAUAAGUCUGACGCUGACGCUAACUUACUGCCUCAAUACUUGGUCCAUUCACACGUGCGCAUCAUGGUGUGAAUUGUGAGCAAAGGUGGCGUGCAUUCAAUCAGUUUGUAUGUGCAUAUCAACUAAGGCAGUGGUACCCAACUACCAGCAUGUGGACCGGUACCGGUCUGUGGGACAUUUGAACAACAACAAAAAAAAGGUUGACGUCAAACCACUCAUCUCGAUCGUGUGAAAAGAGUAAGUCCUCAAUAGAGCAAAUUAGUCCCGAAAAAAUGUGAGGGAAAAAAAAACUUCCACAUAAAGGUCGAAAUGGCCAGGCUGAAGAAGACGAGGCUACGGCUGCAUUUAAAAAGUCUCCACAUCCCUGUUCAGAUGUCAGGUUUUUGCGAUACAAAAUAAAAAGACCAUGAUAAAUCACCUCGAAACCUUUUCCGACAUUGUGACCUGUAACCUGUACAACUCACACUAUUGUGGUUGCACAGGUGUGCACACACUUUUAUCAAGCUGGUGAUAUGUCUGUGCUCAGAAUUAACCAAUCACAUUCAAACUCAUGUUUAACGGCACUCAGCAUACACCUGCCACUAUUGAAAGUGCCUGUAACAAACCCCAAAUCAAGUUCAGAUGUUCCAGUUGACAUUUUUCUUCUGAAAUUGUUGGAAUCCCAUCCCACAGCACAAGUCAUUGUCUGCAGAAUCAGAGGGAUCAUGAGGAGGUAUUCGUCAGGAAAAGGGUACAAGAGAAUUUCCAAGGCAUUAGACCAUAGUGAAGACAUUCUUUCUCAAGUUGAUAAAAUGGAGGAUAACAGUACCAUUACCAGCAACUGAUAAAAAGGUGCAAGAAAAUGUAGUUGGCGAGGUUCCUUGGAGGCUAACUGCAACAGUGCUGGUUGUUGAGAGAACGUGACACAGCCAAGUACACAAUUAUAAACGGAUGUGUAAAAGAUUAGGGUUUUUUUAAAUUAAUUUGAACAGGUUAGAAGUCGUGUCGCCAAAACCUGGCAUUUGAACAGAGGGGGUUAACUUUGUAGACAAGGUAAGAGAUAAUAUCAGUAGUUCUACAAAAAAAAAUGUGGGUUUCGUGCAAUUCUCACACACCCAACCCGUUUUGCGUAAUGUGUGACCAAACUCUGAAAACGGGUGAGCCGUGGCAUUCGCAAUGCAAGAACAAGGGCACUUUAACGUCAACUCCAGUCGACAGCAACGGUAUCAUGUCAAAAGGGCUGUGCCCCGAAGUGGCAAAGAACGGUUGAAUGAAUCGUAAUUCUUCUUCCACCAAUGCAACAUUAAUCAGAAAAGCGUGUUUAGACGAGCGGGGGCUCAUAGAGCACAUUAUUGCAAAGAAAAUGUUUGACUUCCACUUUAAGAUAAACAAGUGCAGGGCCCUAAUUGCAACCACUGCAUUGAGCUUAAUGACGAGUUCGAUUUUGAAUUAGUUUUUGUUCUGAUUCUGGUCUGUCAAAAUAUUGCUGAACGCAAAACUUGUUAGUGGCGAAAAAAAAUGUUAGGGACUCCUAAUUUAAAGCCCCUAUCCCACUGAGCGGUGAACGAUUGUGAGUUUUUGCGAAUGCAGCGAAUGUUGCGUUCUUGUCAGGGUUUAUUCAAGGUCGCUUUUGUUCGCCCUUUUUGUUUGCCUGUCCUUUUUUUGUCCCAAGUGAAUUUUGAACAUGUUCAUAAUUUCCUUGCGGCAAGAAAAAACACAAACUGUUGGCAAACGUUUUGCAAACAUUCGCGACCUCGAACGAACCCUAACAAAUGUCAGCACUCGUUGCGACCAACUGCUGCAAUUUUUGCCCAUCAGUGGGAUGGAAACUUUAAGCGAUGCAUUACUUUUGUGCGAUGAGUAAUUCUGUCCCACAAUUGAAGGCCUAUUGUUUACUGACAAUGCCAUUAAAAUAUAUAUACUUGUAGCAGACUCAAUUAGCCUUAAUGUUUUAUGAUUUUCUUUCUUUUAACAUACAGCAUAUAUUCAUUUUUUGGAUCACAUUGUCAUUCGUAUGUUGUUUCUUUUUGCUGGUAAUUCCAAAUUGUGUGGCCUUCCUCUUGAAUGUAACAUCCACUAUUAUGUUCUGGAUGUCAGCAUGCCAAAGCAGACUAUGCACUGUACACCCGACCCAGUCACUGUGUCAUCUCUUGGUUCGUUUUUGUGCUUGUGUUGUGGUGCAGGUGGUUGUUGUUGACUGGUUGAUCCCGCUCAUGACUUAAUUAAUGAGUGCAGAUGUGUUCAUAUUUGUUUGUGGAUGUGCAUGGAAGACAACCUGUCUAGAACACAGACCCUCCCAAGAAAAUAGCUGUAACUUGAUGUUCCAAUGCACUCUAAAAUAUUUCAUCCACUUUACAGUGCGCUGCUACAAUGUAUUAUUGUCACAUUUCCAUUCAUCUAAAGGGUGUCAGUUAGCGUUUUGUGUAAGUGGACAUACUACUUAAUGGAAUGUUUUAUUUAAAGGAAAAAAAAGUGCAAAAUGUUUUGCUUCGUUCAAGACGCGCAGACACACACACAUAUAUAUACACGCACAUAUAUAUACGUGUGUGUGUGUGUGUGUUAAAAAACGCACUUUGAUUUACAUCAGUGUAAAUAUCAUUUGUAGAUAUUGUUUUUGUAUAUUUUUGUGAGAUGUUUCUUAAAGUCUGCUUUAAUGACAAAAAAAAAUGAACAGCGGUUCUAACCCGUGAGUGUAUGAUGCCAUGAUGUGUGCAAAUAGAAAAAGUUAUUUAACCAAUGUGAUGAAACAAUUGGUGCUCAAUUAGUAAUUAAAAAACAUU